UGAAAGUGGCCCUGGACAGGGGAAGUCUUCAAAGGCAAAUUGUCCUCCUUUGGUGUACUUGCCAAGCAACUCACGAACCGGCACCACCGAUUUUACCCUUUACUGCCUUUUCCCAUCUUUCUCGUUUUGAACACAGCACAUACUUUUCUUGAUUUCAGACAGCCUUAAAGGAACACAAACCCAAUUUUCUAGAAUGAAUCCAAGUACCCCACCCGGACAGAAGAAGCAGAAACAAGAAAACACGUUGCUGUGUCAAAGCCAAGUUCAAGAAUCUGGUCAACGUGGGCGGCUCAACAGCUCCUACCUUGCCAAAAUCUUUUCUUCUCUCUCUCCCCCUGCAUUCUUUCUUCGCUAAAAACCGCGAGAGAUUGACCACUGUUUUGUGUCGAUUUGUUUAUUAAGAAAAAAAAUUUAUUUUAUGUUUGCCCAGAUUAAAGAAUACGAGAAUUCGGAGAAGCUAACGUGAACUCGCUCCAAGGUUGGGUGCCUUUUGGUCUACAUGCGGGCACUGGGCUUCGACGGCAACUCGAACAUUUUCUACUUCGCACAAAUAUUGAAUUGGAACUGAAACAUCCUCUGGAUUGAUUUUUUAUCGUUCGUUCUCCUUCUGCACGGUUGCGGCUAGAUUCCUGCACCUGAUCACCGCUGUAUAGCUCAACCAAGAAGAAGAAGAAGAAGAAGAAGAAGAAGAAGAAAAAGCUGAAGAAUAAGAAGAAGAAGAAGAGAGAGAGAGAGCUGGUAAUUAUCAUGUUAGAGGAGGAAACUGAUCCUUGGCGGAUCAUCCUUUUUGCUUUCUUGGUGUUUCUUGGAGUUAGUCUGGUCCUUGGAAAUUCUUUGGACACGGACAGGGUAGUCCUGUUGGAUCUGAAAUCAUCCCUUGAAGAGUCCAAUAAGGUGAACAGAGGUCAUUACUCUGAAUGGAAUCUUAGUAGCUCAAACCCGUGUGAUUGGAAGGGCAUCACGUGCAAUUACAACAGGGUCACUGGCGUGAACCUCUCGGGGAGCAGCAUCUCGGGAACCUUGUUCUGGAAUUUCUCUGCCUUGACAGAGCUCUCUUAUCUUGAUCUCUCAUCAAACACCCUCGGUGGGCAGAUUCCAGCUGAUUUGAGCCACUGCAACAACCUUGUGUACCUCAACUUAUCGCACAACAUUCUCGACGACGAACUGAGCUUGACUGGUUUGAGCAACCUGCAGACGCUUGACUUAACGAAGAAUCGCAUCAGAGGCGGGAUUCAGACAAGUGUUCCCGCAAUCUGCAACAGCUUAGUGGUUCUGAACAUUUCGGAGAAUAAUCUCACCGGUAGCAUUGAGGAUGUCUUCGAUCGAUGCGAUAAGUUGCAGUAUCUUGAUUUGAGCAUGAAUGAUUUCAGCGGGAACAUAUGGAAAUCGUUUGGAAGGCUUCGGAGGUUCAUUAUUUCUGACAACCAUUUGAACGGAAAUAUUCCUGCGUCGAGUUUUACGGCUAAUUGCAGUUUAAAAGUACUGGAUUUAUCCGGAAAUAACUUCUCAGGGCAGUUUCCAGGAGAAAUUUCGAACUGCCAGGACUUGAUCAUAUUGCGUCUUUGGGGAAACAAAUUCAAGGGCCCAAUUCCUCCAGAGAUAGGGUUGAUUGCCAGUCUCGAAGCAUUGUUUCUAGGAAACAACAGCUUUUCGAGAGAUAUUCCUGAAUCUCUGCUUGACUUGAAGAACUUGGAUUUUUUGGACUUGAGCAGGAAUAACUUUGGGGGUGAAAUACAAGGGACUCUUGGGAAGUUCACACAGGUCAAGUAUCUCGUACUGCACACAAAUUCCUACACUGGUGGAUUGUAUUCGUCUGGUAUUCUUAAUCUGUCUAAUGUCGUCAGAUUAGAUCUGAGCUUCAACAAUUUUUCUGGUCCGCUGCCUUCUGAAGUAUCGCGAAUGCUGAGUUUGAAGUACUUGACUCUUGCUUACAACCAAUUCAAUGGAAGCAUACCCUUGGAGUACGGCAACUUUCUGCACCUCCAAGCGCUCGAUCUCUCCUUCAAUGAACUAACUGGGACAAUCCCCUCGAGCCUUGGAAAGUUGAGCUCUCUUUUGUGGUUGAUGCUGGCGAAUAAUCAGCUUGUAGGCGAGAUUCCGCCAGAAAUAGGGAACUGCUCUAGCUUGUUAUGGUUAAACCUGGCUAACAACAAGCUCUCUGGACAUAUACCACCUGAGCUAUCGAAUAUUGGCCGAAACCCGAUGCCCACUUUCGAAUCAAACCAGCAACGUGGCAGGAUCAUACCUGGCUCGGGCGAGUGCUUAAUGAUGAAGAGAUGGAUUCCUGCAGAUUAUCCUCCUUUCAGUUUUGUGUACGACCUUCUUUCCAGGAAAACAUGUAGGAGCGUAUGGGACCAAUUGCUCAAAGGAGUCUGGCUAUUCCCGAUUUGUGCUCCCGGUACAUUGGUCAGGACAAAUCAAAUAUCAGGUUACGUUCAGCUCAGUGGGAAUACGCUCUCUGGUGAGAUUCCUUCUGAUAUCGGCAAGAUGCACAACUUUAGCAUGUUACACCUCGGCAUCAAUAACUUUUCUGGGAGGUUCCCUCAGGAAAUAGGAGAAUUGCCCCUCAUGGUUCUGAACAUUUCCUUCAACAGGUUCUCCGGGGAAAUUCCACGGGAAAUAGGCGAGAUUAAGUGCCUCCAGAAUCUCGACUUGUCCUCCAACAAUUUCUCGGGCACUUUCCCUGCGAGCCUGAACGAUUUGACUGAGCUGAGCAAGUUCAAUGUUUCCUUCAAUCCAUUGAUAUCUGGCGUGAUCCCUGCGACUGGGCAGUUAGCUACGCUUGAUGAAGAGUCCUUCCUCGGCGACCCUCUGUUGGUCCUUCAGUCUUUCCCUAAUCGACCACCCCAUCCAUCGGGAAAUCACAUGGGAUCAGGCCCGAAGAAGACUCCGAAGGUUAGGGUAUUCCUGGUACUCUUUGCUCUGGUUGUUGUUUUCUUGGCAUUUGGGAUCUUAUCAUUCAUACUUUUCUCGUCCGUCAAGAGCCCGCUUGACUCACCUGAAUACCUGCUAGAAGAAAUAAAGUACCGCCGUGAAUUCGGAUCGAGCUCGAGCAGUUCCUCCCCGUGGUUGUCCGAGUCGGUUCCAGUGAUCCAAUUAGUCAAGAUAGCAUUUACUUAUGGUGACAUUCUGAAGGCGACGAGCAAUUUCUCGGAAGAAGUAAUCGGGAAGGGUGGUUUCGGGACGGUGUACCGAGGCGUGUUGCCGGACGGCAGAGAGGUGGCCGUGAAGAAGCUCCAAACAGAAGGCAUCGAAGGGGAGAAAGAGUUCCAAGCCGAGAUGGAGGUCUUACGCGGGGACUGCUUCGAUUGGCCUCACCCGAAUCUUGUGCCGCUCUAUGGCUGGUGCCUCUAUGGGUCGGAGAAGAUACUAGUCUACCAGUACAUGGAGGGAGGGAGUUUGGAGGAUCUCAUCCCGGAUCGAGUGCACAUGACAUGGCAGAGGCGGAUGAGCGCUGCGGUCGAUGUGGCCUGCGCCUUGGUGUUCUUGCACCACGAAUGCUACCCUCCGAUAGUGCACCGCGAUGUGAAGGCGAGCAACGUGCUGCUCGACAAGAGCGGGAGGGCGCACGUGACGGACUUCGGCCUGGCUCUCGUGAACGUCGGGGACAGCCAUGUCAGCACAAUGGUGGCUGGCACGAUCGGCUAUGUGGCGCCUGAAUACGGGCAGACAUGGAAAGCCACGACCAAGGGCGAUGUAUACAGCUUCGGGGUACUGAUAAUGGAGCUGGCCACGGGGAGGCGGGCCGUGGAUGGCGGAGAGGAGUGCUUGGUGGAGUGGGCGAAGAGGGUAAUGGGGAGCGGGCGCCGGUCGGGCCGGUCCACCAUCCCUGUUGUGUUCAUGGGGUCCGGACUGGCAGAGGGCGCCGAGGAGAUGUGCGAAUUGCUGAGGAUCGGGACACGGUGCACGGCCGAGUCGCCGCAGGCCAGGCCGAACAUGAAGGAGGUGCUGGGUAUGCUGUUCAGGGCAUCAAGCCGCCAGGGCAGCCGUUCACAUGCCUCUUCACCACCUUCAAUAUGACCUGAUUCAAAAUCUUUUUAUUAGUGUGCAGUUGGAGGAAACGUCCAUAGCGGUUAGGAUGAUGUUUUUGUCUUCUCAAUUUUGUCGAUCACAUUCUUCUUGUACACAGGAACAUCGGUUGAUAUCAAAUACAAAGAUGAAUAUACAGUGACCUGCAGAAAAACAGAGGGUCUCCUUAUGACA